GACAAGCUUUUCGCGUCCCGGACAAGCUUUGAGGGCUUCACAGAUGAGCUUUUGGGCGCGGCGCGGAGGAAACAUUAUUAUAUAAAAUGGCAAGCUGUCAGACUCCAUCCGGUGGACUUGACCAAGAAGACGGCACGUUCAAACACGCACUCCUGGCUCAUAAUUACGCCGUAGUCCGAUCUCGAAGCGGUUCCCAAUCUACUCAUCAAGUAAUUAAUUCAUACGCAGAAGCAUCAUGUAUUUGGCCUACAAGUAUGCCAAAAAGCGGUACAAGGAACGCCAGGCCAGAGAAGCCGAGCAGCAGACACCAGCGGCAAGGACGGCCAGCACCGGUCAGGACGGGGCACCCUGGGAUGAAGCGAGAGGACUGACGGCCUACUCGGACGGGCCUGGCGUGCCAGCUCCCUACGACCCGUCACCCCUUGCCGCCCACGACGAGACGGAACUCGAGGAUACGGCAGACGACCGGGCCGAGAAGAAACGGCGCCGCACAUACCGGCUGAAGAUCAUCCUGGGCCUGUUUCUCCCGUUUGCUCUUCAAGCGCUCGACACCACUAUUAUUGCAUCGGCACUGAAGUUUAUCGCCGAGGAUUUCCAUGAGCUAAAGCAACUUAACUGGAUCAUCACGGCAUUCAACCUGACCUCGGCCGCGUUCCUGCCCAUCUUUGCCCAGCUGGCCGACACGCUGGGCCGGCACGCGACGCUGCAGACGGCGCUGGUCGUGAUAACGGUGGGGUCGGCGCUGUGCACGGGGUCGCCGACGAGCGCGUUCCCGGUGCUGCUGCUGGGGCGGGCGCUCCAGGGGGUCGGCGCCGCGGGCGUCAACAUCUCCGUGCGCACCAUCCUGGCCGACCGCGUCUCGCUGGCCGAGUACGCCAAGAACUGGACCACCUUCGCCAUCGUCUCGGGCGUCUCCUUCGGCCUCGGCCCCGUCGCAGGCGGCUACCUGACCCAGAUCAGCUGGCGCUGGUGCUUCGCCAUCAACCUGCCCGUCGGCGUCGCCGGCAUCGCCCUCGUCGCCCUGCUGCUGCGCAAGGAGCUGGUCGGGCCCUUGGCGAUCGAGGACGUGCUGCGGACCGCCGGAGGCGACGGGGUGGCCGCCGGCGACGAAACGGCAGCGUACGCGGGCAGGCGGCGGGAUCCCGGGACCGGGAUCGGGCGGUUCCUGCUGCGGCUCGGCACGCUCGACUACGGCGGGCAGGUCCUGUUCCUGUUCGGGUUCGGCCUGCUCAUCCUCGGCUUCACCUGGGCCGGCGGCACGUACGCGUGGGGCUCGGCGCCGGUGGUGGCGACGCUGGCGGUCGGGGGCGUCCUGGCGGUCGCGUGGGCCGCGUACGAGUGGGCGAUGGCGCCCGGCAGGGCCGCGGCGAGGGCGUUCCCCAUGCAGAAGGCCAUGAUGCCGUGGCGGCUGCUGACGCACAAGGACGUCGGCCUGCUGCUGGGCAUCAACUUUGCCAGCGGCGCCGCCAUGUUCGCCAUCAUGUACUUUAUGGACCUCUACUUCACCCUCGUCAAGGGCCACUCCUCUAGCGAGGCAGGAAUCGCCCUGCUGUAUUAUCUCCCCGGUUUGGGUGUCGGCGUCUACGCAAACAUGUUCUUCAUGAACGUCCGGCCGCGGCAGACGCUCCCCAGCUUGAUGCUCGGAACCACCUGCUCGGCAGUCGGCAUCAGCGUGGUCGCCUGGGCCUGCCAUACCGACUACACCAACCUCAUCUACGGCAUGAUGGCUCUCACCGGUUUCGGCGUCGGCCUGACCAUCAACCCGGGCACUCUCCACGCGCUGGCUUACGUACCCGGGAUGACGGCGGCCAUCAGUUGCCUGUCCGCGUUCUGCAUCCCUUUCGGCGGCUCCAUCACGCUCACCAUCAUGACGACCGUUUUCAACAACCGAAGCGGACCGGACCACCAGGACCCGAGGACCGGCAUCGUCUGGGCGUUCAUCUCGGUGAUGCCCAUCAUGUGGCUGGCGGUGCUCAUCACGACCUUCUUGGGCAACGUGUGGCUCGGGAAGGACGGAAACCACGAGCUCGUCCGUGAGUGCUGGUUCUGGAAUACGCUCAGGGGGAGGCGCCUCGAGAGGGUGAAGGUGGCGAGGAUGGAAGACGCCGCCGGGGCCGUGGGUAGCAAGGGCGAUAUCAACAUGGACGUCGUUCGGCAGCAUGGGGUCAUGCCGAAGACCGAUGUUGAGCAGGGGAGGUAAUUAGAACCGAGCUUUUGCGUGGUGAAGAAGGGGCCGGAAGUGCGGGAGAGGCGGUCCUCCUAAACGCGGGGAGUCCGGGGAAUAAUUAUAUCGCACAUUGUUAGCUAUGCAAUAUUCAGAUACCCAGGUGAUCAGUUCCUGAAUAGACAUAGACGACUCGCAGUCAGCAAUGUUAACUGAACCUCAUCUUGAAUGUUUGUACUCUCAGGUCCUGUGCCGAAUACUUUUCUUACGUU